AUGCGAGUGGUUCUCUGCUUCUUUUAUAUUGGAGCUUUCUGGAUGGUCAUAGGGCUUGGAGAAAUAAUAGUAUAUGAGAAUGAACCCUGGACAUCCUGCCUAGAUCCUGAUGAGGUAGAAUGUGAAGUUGGAGGAGAUCACGCCGAAUACAAUCGAGAAACGGGAAAAUGUGAAGUCCAAGAAGGAACAGAUUGUGAAGGAGGUGAAAAUCACUUUCACGACAUCCAAACGUGCACUAUGUUUUGCAAAGAUGCCCCGAAGCCGCCCUGCUCGCUGGAACUGGAUACAGGACGAGGAAGAGCAUACCUAAAAAUGUGGUUUUUUAAUACCAGCAGUGCUAAAUGCGAAAAGUUUAUCUAUGGUGGCGGGGGAGGAAAUGCCAACAGGUUUCGCGUCGAGAAAAGGUGCAACAAAACAUGCAAUGGUUUUAAACUGUACAGAAGAGUUCCGCAAGACUGA